GUAAAAUACUUAUCGCAUUUACACAAAGUUGCAUAGCUUUCACAGGAAAAAAUGCUACAUUUAUGUUGUCUUCUCCUAAGCGUUCUUCGUGUCUACGGGAUACCCUACUACAACGGUUCUUUCGUCGCGUCCGGGGAAUUCCAACGAACAAAUUUUAAAGUGAGCGGGAUAAGCCAUCCCUAUGAACUCUCGGUAUUUGAAGAAGCAUACGACAGCAUUGAGAAAAGAGCUGCUUUCAGAGUGACGAAGAAAGGGGACGUCAUGACCUACAUCCAGGACUUGCGCAGCAAGCGCAGCUACUUGAUACGAACUUACGGUGGAACCACGACAUGUGUGAAAGUUCCCAAUGCUAAUUUCACACGAAACCAGUUUAUGACUGUUGUAUCGGCACCGGACGAAAGAAUGUACUUCUUUCUGCGGGAUCUUCUGGUUCUCAGGUCGUACGUGAAAGUGCAGACACGGAAAAACGACCUCGUGCGCAAUCAGCCUUGUCGAAUUCACGGAAUACACACAAAUAAUUACACGAUCAGAGGAAGCAUGACGUGGACGUUUACACCUAAUGAAUAUCAACACUAUACAUGUGUUAUACCGCAACAAAUAUGUGACUCCAUCCUGAUAGUUAUUUCAGUGAAGCUGCCCUUAACAGCGCUGUUCACCGAAAAAAUUGGCAAUUUGACGAAGCGCAAUUUAAAGAGACCACCUGCAAACAUAACAGGCUUACCCCUUGCUAUGACGUUCCCGAGGAAUGCUACAUUAGAGGUGCCUUUUGAAGCGCAUUUUACUUUUCGUGAUGACGGAUAUAGUGAGCAAAGAAUUACCAUGAGCAUCCUAAACUUCGACUACAUCGGGACAACGUUACGGAACACCCUUUUUGAGAUCCCUGACGGUGUGCGGUGCGAAGGCAACACGAAAAGCGGGCUGCCGCAUCCAGUGUACGACAACAUGCGAGUUUUCAGUUACCGCGCUAGAGUGAAGAGUUCUACCUGGAAGCGCCACCAUAUUAUUCACGGUGCCAUUGACACUAAUCGGAAGUUGCACCGGCUGGACUACAAGCCUUGGAGAAGCACUUCGUCAAGGGAACGGACCAUAAUUUUCUCGGGAAGGGAAGGCUUGGUGUACAACAUCUCGCAAUCACGAGUCUGCUCCGUGGGAAAUAUCACUGAUGUUGUUUUCGACAAGCAGAUGGUCUUACAUCCCGGAUUCAUUGAGAGCAUAUCCCCCAAAACACUUUUCGUAGGAAACAGUCCCGCUACUCUCGCCUAUAAAAAAAUUGCUGUUAAAGGUGGUAUUCCCUGUCAUGUUUGGGAUAUUGUCCGUUUUGAUUGGCCUUCUAAUGGCGUGAAAACUUUGUGGGAGUGGUGCUUCGUCGAUAGGUCGUACUUUUCACAGCCUUCUGCGGCAACUUCAUCUCAUGUUGUCAGCUUGGAUAUACAUGUGUUAGAGUUGCCACCAGCACCAUCAUUUGGCUUGGAACCAACAGAAACACUCUCGUUUCAAUUUUUUGACUUCAACAAGAGGCCUUCCGCGCCUGUCGAACUUGGUGGAUUUGACAUUUCGUCAUGCUACAAUGCGACCUCACCUGAAAAAAAGAUAGAGCUUCCACUAGAAGAGUGCUUGCGGCACACGCGACUGCAUAGGCUGGAGCCGUCUCGUCGACUUCGGCCCCCAUCCGGACUCUCUCGACUUGAGACAACGGUGCUUCGGCGACUGUGGUUUGGUGUCGAUUUCACCAAAGUUCUUGCCUUCCGAAUCGACAUGAAAGACAGUGCUGAUUGCGAUAAUUCCGGCAGCGAUGAAACGAUAGAGCACGUUCUCUGUCCCUUCCCUCGCUACACUGCAGCGUGCAAAGACAGCGGCAUGCUGCUGCAUUAG